AUGAACCUAGUCGGGAGUUACCAGCACCAUCUGCUCCACGAGCCCUUCCUCUUCAGCCCGGCCUCCCGGUGCCACCCGGAGCGCUCCUACUUCCAGAGCUGGGUGCUCAACCCGGCCGAGGUGUCCCCCGACCUCUCCGGGCAGCCCUCCCCCUACACCGGCGCCGAGUUCGGGGCGCCGGGGCCCGGCCACGGGCCCGGCCGGCUGGAGGCGCUGAGCGGCCGGCUGGGCCGGCGGAAAGGCGUGGGCCCCAAGAAGGAGCGCCGGAGAACCGAGAGCAUCAACAGCGCCUUCGCGGAGCUGCGGGAGUGCAUCCCCAACGUGCCCGCCGACACCAAGCUCUCCAAGAUCAAGACCCUGCGCCUGGCCACCAGCUACAUCGCCUACCUGAUGGAGGUGCUGGCCAAGGACAGCCAGGCCGGGGACACCGAGGGCUUCAAGGCCGAGCUCAAGAAACCGGACAGCCGGGAGAGCAAGCGGAAAAGGGAGCCGCAGCCUGAAGUCUACGCUCAUCCCCUCGGCCAUGGAGAGAAAAAGCUUAAAGGAAGGACUGGUUGGCCUCAGCAGGUCUGGGCUCUGGAGUUAAAUCAGUGA